UCCGCGCGGACUUUAGCGGAGAGCAUCCGCCACCGUGCACCGCUAUGGAAGACGCUGGCGCCGGCUCCGCGCACUGCUGUCCGCAUCGCCGCUGCCCGUGAUUCCCGCCACUGUGUGCUGCUCCCUUUUGAGCGAGAACAAUGAUUCCGGUCACAGAAUUCCGCCAGUUCUCUGAGCAGCAGCCAGCUUUCCGGGUGUUGAAGCCAUGGUGGGAUGUAUUUACAGACUAUCUUUCCGUUGCCAUGUUGAUGAUUGGAGUGUUUGGUUGCACUUUACAGGUUAUGCAGGAUAAGAUCAUUUGCCUUCCAAAAAGAGUACAGACUUUGCAGAACAAUUCCCAUGUUCCUAACGUGUCAAGUUCGAACUCCAGUGCAACCCCACUUCUUCCACCCAAGCCAUCCACGCCUCCUGCUACUGUUGAAAUGAAGGGUCUAAAGACGGAUUUAGAUCUUCAGCAGUAUAGCUUCAUCAAUCAAAUGUGCUAUGAACGUGCCCUGCACUGGUAUGCAAAGUACUUCCCUUACCUUGUCCUUAUACACACUCUGAUCUUCAUGCUCUGCAGCAACUUCUGGUUUAAGUUCCCCGGAUCAAGCUCAAAAAUUGAACAUUUUAUCUCCAUUCUGGGGAAGUGCUUUGAUUCUCCUUGGACAACAAGGGCUUUAUCGGAGGUAUCUGGAGAAGACUCUGAGGAGAAGGACAACAGGAAGAACAACAUCAACAAGUCAAACACUGUCCAGCCUAGCGCAGAAGGCACUUUAGUUAGGAGUCAGUCAUUGAAAUCCAUACCUGAAAAGUUUAUUGUGGAUAAGGGAACACCUGGGGCACUGGAUAAAAAAGAAGGAGAGCAGGCCAAAGCAUUGUUUGAGAAGGUGAAGAAGUUCCGACUCCAUGUUGAAGAAGGUGACCUGCUUUAUGCUAUGUAUGUCCGCCAAACGGUGCUGAAGGUGAUUAAGUUUCUUAUCAUUAUUGCAUAUAAUGGUGCACUUGUUUCAAAAGUCCAGUUUACAGUAGACUGCAACGUUGACAUACAAGACAUGACAGGGUAUAAGCACUUUUCUUGCAAUCACACGAUGGCACAUCUGUUCUCGAAACUUUCUUUCUGCUAUUUAUGCUUUGUAAGUAUCUACGGGUUUACAUGCCUUUACACUUUGUAUUGGUUGUUUUAUCGUUCACUGAAAGAAUACUCUUUUGAGUAUGUCCGGCAAGAGACUGGAAUUGAUGAUAUUCCAGAUGUCAGAAAUGACUUUGCUUUUAUGCUUCACAUGAUAGACCAGUAUGACCCUCUUUAUUCUAAAAGAUUUGCUGUGUUUCUUUCAGAAGUCAGUGAAAACAAACUUAAACAGCUUAAUCUAAACAAUGAAUGGACCAUAGAUAAAUUGAGACAAAGACUGCAGACGAAUGCCCAAAACCGUUUGGAGCUACAGCUGUUUAUGCUCUCUGGGCUUCCAGACACAGUUUUUGAGAUUACGGAACUUCAGUCACUAAAACUCGAAAUUAUUAAUAAUGUUAUGAUUCCAGCCACCAUGGUUCAGCUGGAUAAUCUCCAGGAACUCUCACUGUACCAGUGCUCUGCAAAGAUCCACAGUGCAGCCUUAGCAUUUCUGAAAGACAACUUGAAAGUCUUGAAUGUCAAAUUUGAUGAUUUCAGAGAACUCCCUCCUUGGAUGUAUGGGCUCAGAAAUUUGGAAGAGCUGAGUUUAAUUGGUUCUUUGUGCCAUGACAUUUCUAAAAAUAUAACUUUGGAAUCUUUUCGAGAACUCAAGAGCCUUAAAGUUCUGUACAUUAAAAGCAACCUGUCCAAGAUUCCACAAUCUGUGGUUGAUGUUUCAAGUCACCUUCAAAAAAUGUGCAUCCACAAUGAUGGCACGAAACUUGUGAUGCUCAACAAUCUGAAGAAAAUGGUCAAUUUGACAGAAUUAGAACUGGUGCACUGUGACCUGGAGCGCAUUCCCCAUGCCGUUUUCAGCCUUAUUAGCCUCCAGGAAUUAGACUUGAAGGAAAAUAAUCUCAAAUCAAUAGAGGAAAUUGUUAGUUUUCAACACCUGAGAAAACUUACCAUCCUAAAGCUAUGGUACAACAGUAUAACCUAUAUUCCCGAGCACAUAAAGAAGCUCACUAGUUUGGAACGGCUGUCUUUUAGUCACAACAAGAUAGAGGUUCUUCCAUCCCACCUCUUCUUAUGCAACAAAAUUAGAUACUUAGACUUGUCUUACAAUGACAUCCGAUUCAUCCCACCUGAAAUUGGGGUGCUACAAAGCUUACAGUAUUUUUCAAUCACUUGCAACAAAGUGGAGAGCGUGCCAGAUGAGCUGUACUUUUGCAAAAAACUGAAGACUCUGAAGAUUGGAAAAAACAACCUGUCCAUUCUCUCACCUAAAAUUGGAAAUCUGGCUUUGCUCUCCCACUUGGACAUUAAAGGAAACCACCUGGAAUUUCUGCCCCAUGAACUUGGUGAAUGCAAAGCUCUGAAAAAGACUGGCAUGGUGGUAGAAGACACCUUGUUUGAAACUCUGCCUUUGGAUGUCAGGGAACAAAUGAAGGCAGAAUAGCAUCCAUUUUCACAGUUCUUUUACAAAACCUGAUUCUGCCAAAUGCCUUGUACAUAGUAAGUUAUCCUGAAUAUGCCUUUAAAGCCUGUUUUAAAUUUUCUUGGUUCCUUUGACAUAAGAGUUUCCUGUAUGAACUUUUUGCGACUAAGUGUAUAUACAUAUUUUUAUAUUAGUUUUAUUGUUUUAAACUUCCCUGCUCCCAAACAUUUGUAAUUGUUUUAAUUUUUCCUGGAUACUGUGGGCUUCUGGUGGAAAAAGAAAUUGUUUACAUCCACCUUAAAAACAAAAAAAGAUUGGGCUAGCUCAAAAUGGAAUCAACAUCAUUCAGAGUAUAUAAUGCAGGUAAUACAUACUAAGGACAUGAAUGCACAGUUGCUAUAGCAACUCUAACCCUGUCCAUUGUGUUUUGUAAACCAUCUUAAUCCUUUAAGGUAGUAAGUUUCUUCUCUUGUAUUUUUAUCCUUAUCAUAGGUAACUGUCGCCUUGUCAGGUCAGAUUGUCCUGUUCUUAAGGCUUCAUUUUAGCAAAACAGGAAGGGUGUUUUGGCCAUCAGCACCUCAUGGAUGAGAGGAGCUUCCUAACAGCUGGUUAUGGGUCAAGAAAUAGCCUUCUGUGCUAAUAGAACUUCUGACGCCGGUGCUGGCAACAGAAGCCUUAUUCUCUUGAAGACUCUAAAUUAAAAUUAUGUUUUUGGCUAGAAUUCAGUUUGCAUUAAGUCAUUGUCUCCAUCUUUGGGAUUCUCAGCCAUGAUUAGACACUCUGAUCCAAGAUUCUGUCCUGGCAAAAGAGCAUACCAAGUCUUCCUCCUCUCCUGCCAUCUCUUUGUGUGCAUCAGAUCAUUGCCAUUUGCUGCUGCAUCUAUAGACGAAUCUACAGAAUGGCGCUUGUGACCUUCCCUAUCAUAAAUGCACUCUGAGGCUUUGAGAUAUAGAGAAUACUAUUAUGGAGUCCCCUAGCUUCUCUCCAAAAACUGACAGUAUCUUAGAUUUCCUGAGCAGAGGGAAUCAUAUUGUUCUCAUGAACUUUGGGUCAGGUUUGCCAUGGAAAGGUAGCAUACAAAUAACUAUGAUGUGACCUGUCAAAACAUAAGGUAGUCCUGUUAGAUAGCUUAGUAAAAAAAGUUCUAAAUUUCUGCAAAUGAAAGUAAUAUCGAGCGAUGGCACUGCAUCUCUCCUGGGUGUGCUGUGUCAGCAGGACCUGCUGUUGGUGCAAUAGGAUCCUAGAGCAACUCGGAAAUGAACCAUAACACUUAUUUCCUGAAUGGCAGGUCAGCAGAACUUCCUUCUGCUAGUUUUUCUGUCCUGCUUCAUUCCGGAAAGUAGCAUUUUGGCUUGGUUGCAGUGGCAGCAAUGUUGGGAGUCACGCUGCAUGCUAGCCUAAGGAUUUGACCCUGGCCAUGCUUGAUGGGAGGAAGUAAUUUUGCUCAGCAGGAUUGACUUCCACUGAAAUGUGUUAUGUUGCAAGGAAAAUAGUAUAUGUGUGCUUCAGCUUUACUCAAAGUUGAGUAAAUUGAAACUCAAUGUUUUAUGUUGAAGUUGUCAUUAUUUAUAAUUAAUUAUCCAUAAUAUGUAGUGACUUCAUCCACUUCAUACUUGCAUAAGUGGGAAGCCUCUCCUGCAUGUUACACUUGUGACUGCACAAGGAGGUUUGCUUAUCUAGGCUCUGUUAAUGGCCAGAUGCCUUUUAGAUUUGUUCGUGGGCUGGCGAUACAUACCUGCAUCUGAGGCCACAGUGUCCCAUGACUUGUUGCCUACAUUCAAAUGUUACAAUAAGCGCCUCGGUGAAACUGAGACUCAUACGUUUCUCUCCUUUCUUCUUCUAGAACAGCUUGAGAGAGGAAUUUGGAAGUUUUUGCUUCCAUUAGCCCCUUUGUUGUUUAAUUUCAUUGUGUUACCUAAGUGUAACAAACCAUGCUUAAUCUAAACCAUGUUUUGUUUGAAAUACCCCAUCUUCAAGUGACUGCUUGGCUUCAGCAAAUGUUGUUAGCAAAGGUAACCUUGAACUUCUGUUAAUCAAUAACAUGGGCAGAAGCUUCCUUUCUCCUUUCAACUCCCCCAGAAGGAUGAGAGGGUGGUGAGCCCCAGGUUCAUCUUUCUAAUAUAUAACAGCCUUGAUUAUCAUGUUAGCAUUACUUGACAAUAAGAAUAAGCCUUGCUGCGGGGCAACCUUGCAGAUCUGUCUUCCUCACAUCUUCCCCAGGCCCCACUUCACCCUGAAAACCAGAUUUCUUCUUUCAGCAUUUAAGUCACCCACACAGAAUGAAGAGGGGGUUACUAUUUUGGCUUUGAAAAAGGUAGCAUUUAAAAAUUGCUAGGUGACUAGCUAAGUGUUGAGCUUUGUCUCCUGGGCCAGCUAUCUCAAACCAGAAACAUCUGGUGUGUAAUAUAAAAUUUGCAUUUCAUUUGCAUGUUAAACAUUUCUGCAGUUUGAUAACUUGAAAAGAAAAAAAACGUGUUAUAAGUAUGAGAACAAAGUUGCAUGAAGGAAUCAAAAUGUGAUUUCAGAUAAUUAUUCUAUUAUUAAGAGUAGUUUUUUCUUUAUACUGUGCAUGCGGCUGUUGCACAUGCUUUUGUUCCAUCUAUUCCAUCCCCAAGUUCCAUCUGUUCCAGCCUCCACUUUCUUACAGUGAUUGCCAGAUGCUUUCAGAAAACAUCAGGACAUGGAGACAAAACUGCUGGUCCAUUACUGUUCUUCAGCGAAUACCAUUAAAUGCAUUUUGGCUGUUGCACAUAACACUAAACUGUGAUUUAUGUUAACCAGGAUGUUUUUGCUUUAGUCAUGAAUUGUCUCACAGAUGAGGAAACAACCCAUGGCUUAUUUUCCCAAUUUCUGUUUUGCUUUUCCCCAACUAUUUUUUCCACCUUUGGAGAAAUUUUCCAUUGCUCUUGGUAGGCGCUAUUUCAGGGCAGACAAUGACACAAAUAGGAAAUAAAUCAGGGUUCUAAUUUCAGGUAUGAGAAGUCAUGUUUUAAACAAGCAGACUUUUAAAGAUAACAGUAAACUAUAAUUUAUUUGUGGAGGUGACUCUGCGUCCAACAACAAACCACACUGUGGUUCAGAGUAAUACAUAUACUAGCCCAUUCCGUACAAAGUUGAAGGCUGCAAAUAACUGUCAUGACUAAUAGCCAUCAGUAGAUUCAUCACAAAUUUGUCUAAUCUCUUUUAAAGACAUUUAUGCUCAUGACCAUCUUAACAUUUGUGGCAGUGGAUUAGACAAAUUGUCUAAGGAAAUUUGUGGAUUCCACAAAUUGUCUAUGUAAGUAUUGGCUAGACAUGAGAUAUAUAUUUUAAGAAUAUGUGUGCACAAUUCCAGUUUUAUGUGUCCUUACCUGGAAAUAAGGUCUGCUGAAUUCAGUGAGAUUUCCUUCAUGCUUAGGACUGUACUGUUAGUCUGAGAAAUUACCUCAGCAUUGUUCUGAAAUAGUCCCCACUGCAAGGAUUUGGGGUUAUUUCAAUACUGCUUUGUUCCACAGCAUCUUGCUUCAUUCCAAGGUCACUGUGGCACAUACAGAUUAUAAACAGUUCUGCAUUUUAUGCUGUUGGAUGGCCAUGGCUUCCCCCAAAAGUCCUGGAAAUUAUAGUUUGGUGGAAGUGCUAAGAAUUCUUUGUCUGAGAGUCUUAAUUCCAUUCCCUUGGUGUUUUUGCAUGAAACUGUGAAUCCCAAGCCCCAUUGUUCUUUAAAUGUUAAAACUGGAGGCCUCUAGUUUUAAACCGCCUUUCUUUUACUAGAGAAUAACCCUGCUUUUGUUUAAGUGGCCACUUAUGCUAGGGAGCCUAGCAAGAGCCUAGCAAGAUCCUGCCAACUCUCUCUCUCUC